ACAAGAACUUCUACUGAAAAUGGAGGUCACCCGAUGAUCGAAUCCACAGAUCGUGAGACCACAUUUAGAUAUAAUUUCUUUGCUAUUUUCGCACGGAGCCGGUUGUUAAUCCUCAACACUGGAAAUGAAGUCAAUGAAAGCAAAGUCUAAAAAUAAAAAAAAUAGUACGAAAUUUGGAAAAAUUAAAUUUGGUACAAAAGAAACAAGUAAUGUGAUUACACCAGAUUUAUCAGCUUUAAGAAAACCUAUUGAUAUAAGUGUCUCAAGAUUGUCUCAAGUUAGUAAACUUCUUGAAAGCGGUAGUGAUGAGGUUAAAGCAAUUUUAGCUUAUGAAUGCGAUAUUGUGUAUGAGUGCCGUGUUUGUCGUAGUUUAUUUAGAAGCCUUGUUAAUUUCAUUUCUCACAAAAGAGUAUAUUGUAAAGAAAAAUUUAAUAUUACUUUAAAUAAAAAUACUCUCACCAAUGAUGAUGAGGCAUAUACCAAAGGUUCGUUUAUACGUUUACAUAUACCGGAACAAGAAGUAGUGAAAGAAAAUUGUAAUAACGAUAGAAUUCUUAGAAGUCAAGCCAAUAAAGAAGAACAGAAGAAAGAUCUUACUACUAUAAUAGAUAUGCUUCAAAGAAAGCAAAGAUUAUGUGAUAAUUAUAAUUUACAAGAAAUGAAACUUAAUAAGAAUUAUGACAAUUCUAAUAUCCUGUAUUCAAAUAAGGUUAACGCACAAUAUGAAAUUGAUAAACCAGAAAUUUCCAUUGUUUAUCAAAAUGAUUUAAAUGAAACAAAGACAGUAAACUUACAAACUAUGCUAAAUCAAAAUAUUGGAAUAUUAGGACCCAAUGGACAACUUUUAGAAAAAAAGGAUGUAUACGAAGAUAAUCAUUUGAUCCCAUCUUUGGCAAAUGAAGAAUAUAAUGAAUUUGGCAUUGACCAAUUGUCUACUACCAAUUUGAUUUGUUCUAUAUGCAAUGCAAAGUUUUCCACCAAAAAGACCUUAACAUUUCAUAUGAAAACAUUACAUACAUCUCAUCGUAUAUGUUAUCCAUGUCCUUGCUGUCCGAGUACAUUUGUGAAUACAUGGAGUGUAUAUCGCCAUCUCUUUAAAAUUCACAGAAUGUCAAAUGAACAAGUACGAAAGUUGAGAAUACAGAUUCAAGAAAAAGCAUUUCGUAAGGAAAUAACACACGCAGAUGAUACAGAGCAAGAUAAUGCAGUUAGCAAGCCUAUUGAAGUUAUAGACUUAAACGGAUCUAAUGAAACUCGCGAAUGGAUGAAUCAUUUGGAAACCGAUUCAGAGAUUCAAAGAUGCGGCGGAUGUGGCAAAAAAUUUGAUAGGAAAGCUGCUUUAUUUUCGCAUUCGCAACAUUGUCAGAGGCGAAUUGCUGCAUAUAACGAAACCAUAAUUAAAGAAAAGAAAACUCCAAAAGGUUCUCCAGAAACAACGACGAACAGUAAUACCAUAUUUAUCGUCCCGGUUAUUGCAGAAAAUUCUCCGGAAGUAACAGAAUUAAAUGAAACAUCUAUUCGUGUAGAAAACAUAACUACCCUAACAGAUGCAGACUGGGAUAUGAUUGGCAAUGAGCACUCUAAUGAUAGUGAAAGUACUGAUAUAGUUAGUGUAUCAUCACAAAUAAAUGUUUCCCAAAAUCAAGAACUAUUUAAUAAAAACAUGAACAAAGAUUCAUCUCCGUCCAAUAAUACUUUGGAUAAUCCUGAAAUUGUAUAUACAUCUGAAACAGUUGCUCUAAAGAAUGGAAGUAAAAAAAGGAAAGUAGUGAUAGAUAAUCAGUUGAAGGUAUUAAAUGAUAUUAUAGGAACAAAUUCGAAUAAUUCAAGUAAUAAUAUUAGCUCAACUUUGAAUUCAUCUACUGAUGUAAGAAACCAAGUUGAUCAAACAACAAUAAUGGAAAAUAAAAUAGCUACCAUAGCAAAUCUUCGAAAGUUACAGUGCCUUCCAUGUAAAAGGAAAUUUACAUCAAUGACGAAUUUACGUAGACAUAUGGCCAUUCAUAUUGGUUGGAAUCGAUAUCGUUGCAAGCUAUGUAACUUUAAAUGCUUUGUAAAAUAUGAUUGUGUUGCUCAUUGUAAUAAAAUGCAUAACGCUCAAAAUAAUCGUACAGUUAUAACAGAUAUGGUUGUAGAAAUACCACAGAAUCAGUAUACAUGCAAUGAAGAUAUUGUCAUUGAUGUAACUAAUAUGGAAGAAAAUGUAAAUGAAUUUAAAUCAGUUAGUUCUUCCAACUCUUUAGAUCGCUGUAAAACAAAGAAUGUGACUGUGGAUAAAAAUCAUAAGAAUGUAGUAAAUACGAAUGUUGACAAUAUAAAAGCUGGUACUAAAGAAGUACCUUGCUCCAGUGAUAAAGAUGAUAGCGUUUCUAUUACAAUCAACAAUGAAAACAAUAACACUUCGAACUUUAGUAAAAACAGUGAAAACAAUCAUACUCGAACGCUGGACAGUGACCCUGAUCUUAAAAGAAUGGUUAUGGAAGUCAUUUUUGGCACGCCUGAUGAAUGUUCCUCAAAACAGCUGGAAUCAGAAACGUCAAGCUUUACAAAUGAUACAAACUCUGAUAAAAAAAAUGAUAGUAAUGAAAGUAAAACAGACUGUGAAACUAAAGAUUGGAAUGAUUCUAAUUCUUCAAUAUCAUCAGGUAGUUUAAAACCCCAACGUCCUAUACGUAAUCGUGUAAAACCAGUGAAUAAAGAUUUCAUUUAUGAUCUAAAGGAAGCGGCUUUUCGCAAAGAAACUGUAAUUUCUAAGGGGACGUCGUAUAAAACAUUAAAUAAAAAAUCUUUCCUUCGUUUAAACAAUGGAGAAGAAAAUUCAGACAUUCCAGUAGAACAACUAUCAUCAAAAGAUUCUGUUGUGCCACUGGUAGUACCAUUCGAACAAGAUAAUAACGCAGAUAGAUCAGAGAUUAAAACAAAAUCAGCAAAUUCUAAAUCUACUACAAUGAAAAUUUCACGUGUGCCACAUAUUACACAGCAAGAUGGAAUCACAAUAAUGGAAGAAAAAUAAAAAUAAAUUUGUAUGUUUUCACACAUUUAAAUGAAUUUCAUCGAUAUCAUAUUUUAAUUUAAAGUUAUAUCAUAUUUUCAUAAUUUAUCGAAGUAUAUUAAAUUUAUUAACAUUCAAAUAUUAACUUAUAAGAAAUAACAGAUAAAUUUGGCACAUAGUGACAUAUGCAAAAUAGCACAAACAUUGCAAAAAGUACUGUUUUAUGUUUAACUAUUGUAAGUAUCAAUAUAUAACAUUAAAUAAUGUGUGGCAAUUAACAAUAUUGUAUAAAAUUACAUUUAAUGAAAGCAACUUUAAAUUUUGGAAACAUACUAAAGUUAUAUGUAAAGUAUAUUCAUACUUCAAAUAUAGCAUCAAAGAUUACGUACAAAUGUAAAAGAAAAUAAAUUUAUGUUA